UUCCGCAUGUAUAUUUUUUAAUUUCUAUUUUUUGCAUUUGAUAUAAGUCGAGUUUUUUUAAUCAGAAAAUGCAGUCGUCAUUACUGGCAGUGUUAAAACAGGGGAAAGUUUUUUCCAAUACUUUUACUUUAGGUUUAGCAACCUCUUCACCGAAAUUUGCCUAUAAGCGAGAUAUCUGUACUUCAAGAGCUUUAAACAAAGAAACUAAGUCCUUUAAGAGAAGUUUUGAACAAAACAUCGUCUUGGUUGAUGGAGUUCGUACACCGUUCUUAACAUCCUUCUCCGACUAUUCCAAAUUGAUGCCCCAUGAUUUGGCCCGCCUUGCCUUAAUCAAUCUACUUGACAAAACAAAUCUAAGCAAAGAAGUUGUUGAUUAUAUUGUUUAUGGCACAGUUAUCCAAGAAGUGAAAACUUCGAAUAUAGCCCGCGAGGCAGCAUUAUGUGCAGGUUUUAGCGACAAGACACCAGCGCACACCGUCACAAUGGCCUGUAUUAGCUCAAACGUGGCUAUAACAACAGGUAUUGGAUUGUUGGCGACAAACACUUAUGAUGUUAUCGUUGCUGGUGGUGCGGAAUUUAUGUCUGACGUUCCCAUUCGGCAUUCGCGUAAGAUGCGUAGUCUAUUGCUUAGAGCUAAUAAAGCAAAAACACCUCUCCAGAAAUUGAGUUUACUGGCCACUUUACGUCCAGAUUUCUUUAUUCCCGAGUUGCCAGCUGUUGCAGAAUUUUCUUCAGGAGAAACUAUGGGUCACUCUGCGGACCGCUUGGCAGCAGCUUUUAAGGUCUCCCGAGAAGAGCAAGACGAAUACGCAUUGCGUUCACACACUUUAGCUAAACAAGCACAAGAUAAAGGAUAUUUCACUGAUGUAGUUCCUGUCAAAGUGCCUGGCGUAAAAAAUUUUAUUGAAAAAGAUAACGGUAUUCGUGUUUCAACGCCCGAGAGUUUAGGUAAACUGAAACCAGCAUUUAUUAAGCCGUUUGGAACCAUCACUGCAGCCAACGCUUCAUUCUUGACUGAUGGUGCCUCUGCCUGUGUAAUAAUGAAGGAAGAGACUGCGAAAAAGCUUGGCCUCCGGCCUAAAGCUUAUUUGCGCGAUUUCUUGUAUGUAUCGCAAGAUCCAAUUGAUCAAUUACUUUUAAGUCCUGCCUAUGCUAUACCAAAGCUCUUAAAAAAGACUGGCCUCACUCUCAAAGAUAUCGAUACAUGGGAAAUUCAUGAAGCUUUUGCCGGUCAAAUUCUCGCGAAUCUUAAGGCGCUGGACUCUGAUUGGUUCUGCCAAAACCAAAUGGGCCUUGGUGAAAAAUUUGGUUCGCCCGAUUUGAGUAAAUGGAAUAGCUGGGGUGGUUCACUGUCGAUUGGACAUCCAUUUGCGGCCACCGGUGUGCGAUUGUGUAUGCACACAGCAAAUCGUUUAGUACGUGAAGAUGGACAACUGGGUAUCAUAGCUGCAUGUGCCGCUGGUGGUCAAGGUGUCGCCAUGCUGUUGGAGAGAUAUCCCGGUGCUACUGCAGAUUAACUAAGCUAAGUAGUAAAGUGUUAUAUUGAAUUAAAAUUUCUGAAUUAUGAAUCUGUGCGAAACUUAUUUUUAAAAGAGAUAAACAUGUUUGAAGAAUUAUUGUACCAGCAUUUACAUAUAAAAUAAACUCACAAGCACAUACAUUUGUAAACCAUUA